UCCUCUCUAUACAUAUACUCACGAUUUCCGUUAUAUAACGACGAAACCACUUCUCUCUUUGUCUCCAUUCCCUUCAAUUCCUCUCUCGUUUCGCCUUGAGAAUCUAUACUAUACAUACAGCCCCCUGUAUCUAUAUCUACACACGCGCGCACACGUUUGUUUGUGCUGUUCUGCUCUGUUUUUCUGUGUGUUGAUGUAGUCGCCGGAGCUGAUAAUCCGAGAAUUCCGAGUUCCGGCGCCGGAGACUCGGCGAUUUUUUCGCCCUGGAAGCUCUCAGCCGAGCUUAAUGCCGGAGAAUUUCAGCGGUCGCGGAACCGAUUGCGCCGAUUUCUCUCCUUCCUUUUCGUCGCCGGAGAAUCGCAGGGAGUGAAGAGGAAGGAGCGAGCGAUCGUCUUCGUCGACGUCGGAGAAAUUCGAGAUAAAAAAUAUAUAUUUUAGGAGAGCGAUAGUGAGGAGAUGUUGACGUGCAUCACGUGUAAGCAAAAGAAUGAUGACGAUGACGGAGAGGAAGGCCCCCGUGGAACGCCCGGUACAAAGGACGCCGUCAAAAGCCUGACGGCACAGAUAAAGGAUAUUGCAUUGAAGGUGUCUGGAAGUAAAAGCAAGUCAAGCACACCAACCAGCAGUUAUAGGAAAGGGCAUAGGCCAUAUCCUGAUUUUGAUACAAUCUCCGAGGAUGUUCCAUACACAUACCAGCCUGGGAGCUCGAGCUCUACACCGGCUUGGGAUUUCACAAAUCCUGCUCAUCACCGGACUCCUCGACCCCAGUCGAGAUUUGUUGGUGGUGGAGACUCCGUCCCCCAGUCUGGUGAAUUGGUCCUGGAAGAAGACAGAGAGCCCAAGGAGUGGACAGCUCAGGUGGAGCCUGGAGUUCAGAUCACUUUUGUGUCUCUCCCAACUGGCGGGAAUGAUCUUAAACGAAUCCGUUUCAGCCGGGACAUGUUUGACAAAUGGCAAGCUCAGAGAUGGUGGGGAGAAAACUAUGACAGAAUCAUGGAGCUCUAUAAUGUUCAAAGAUUCAAUCAGCAAGCAUUUGGCACUCCCUCGCACUCUGAGGCUGGGAGAGAUUCUACUUAUUCCCGGCUGUCAAUAAGGGAGAGCCCUAUGAUAGCUCCUGCAUCAAGGAAUUACUAUAAACCUAGCUCAAGUGGUUAUGGUGGUGGUGGUGGCCCCCCAAUGUCUUCUAUGGAACCAUCACGGAUGACGACUGACUCUAGAGAUGAGCCAGCAGUUUCAGUUAGCAAUGCCAGUGAAGUGGAUUCAGAAUGGAUAGAAGAAGAUGAACCCGGGGUGUAUAUAACCAUCAGACAACUAGCUGAUGGCACCAGAGAGCUGCGCCGUGUCAGAUUCAGUCGAGAAAGAUUUGGGGAGGUAAAUGCGAAGACCUGGUGGGAACAGAACAGGGACAGGAUACAAGCUCAAUACCUUUGAACUAUAACUCUUUUCCUAUUGGCAUUCAUUGAGAGAUUGAAUGCUCAAUGGAAAUGGAAAAGGAAAAAUUUUGCCUCUGCAUCUAAGGGGAUGCAAAUCGCCUCUCCCAUGUGGAGAUGGCGUUACGGUUCAAGUUCACAACCAUUUUGAGUGAUUAAAAAAAAAAAGACUAGACAACGACUACAGUGCGAGCAUGUUUGAUAUUUAUACUUCUUCAAUUAGAAUGGCUUCAUUCAACAAGGCAGUCACUCUCUUGACGAGUUUUAAUGUUUCAUUCAAUUUUGGUCGCUGAUAAUUUUAUGGCUUCAUUCAAUAUUUUGCAAA